AUGACUACAAAAGCCGUGGCUUUGGCGAAGUUGCCACCAAUUGGGAGCACUCAACAGACAGCUGGAGUUGGUAUCUCGCCAAGGGCCGUCAGGCAAUAUGAAGGCUUACAAGGACCAAGUUACCAAUUAAAUUCGGUCAGCGACAGGACUAAACACAAACUACCUCAACCUCAGGUUCUAAGGCCAUUCGUAGACACCAAAGCAGGCACCCUGGAUACCUGGCCUGCUCAUGCCACAGCCCAAGCCACAGCCAAGCCGGGCAUCCCCAGCCACCGGCCGCGCUCCAGCCCAGACGGCAGAAUGUCCUCAGAGCUAUCCGAGGACCCCCAGCGAUCCGUCAUCCCCAAGCCGAGGUUCCUGGAACAGCUGGAGAUGUUCCUGAAGAAGGAAUUACGGAAUCUGGACGGGAAUAAAGAAGGCCCCGGCGAACUGCGGUUACAGGCUUACCGUGAGGUGUUUGAGUAUCUAAUAGAGGAUUUCAAAACCUACAAGCCCCUCCUGUCGUCCAUCAAAACGGAGUAUGAGAUGAUGCUGUCGAACCAGCGGGAACAGAUCAGGGAGCUGGAACCGCUCAAGUCCAUGCUGGUGACGGUGUCGGAGCAGUGUGACCAGAAGGUGAUGGCACUGAGAGAGGAAGAGAGACAAGAGAUGCUGGACCUGAAGAAAGACAAGAAGAUGUUGCAGGAGAAGAUCGAUGCCAUGAAGCAGCACGAGGUCUCGCUACAGAUGCAAAUAGACAAGUUGCAAGAAGACGUUGCUGCGGAGUACUACAAGUACCGCAAUGAAUGUGACGCUCGUAAGCUACUAGUGUCAGACAUCAAUGAUCUCCGAUAUCAGCAAGAAGACUACCAGAAGUCUCAGGGUCAGGUCAGCCAGGCAGGAGAAACCAAGGAAGAUCCAGUCAAACUCAAGAUUGCAUUGAGGAAAGCGAGGGAGGACUUGACAGAUGCCACCCAGCGUUUGACUGAGAUGAUUGCCAAUUAUGGAGACGUAGUACCGAGGAGAGACUAUGAGGGGCUCAAAGUACAGCAUGAGAAAUUACAAGAAGAAAUAGCCCAGCUGAAAGACGACCACGAAAUCCUGAUGUCUGAGCAUGACACUCUGUUAGAGGUCAACAAGCAAGUUGUGACGCAGAGAGAUGAGUUCUACUCAGAGCUGGAGAUCCUGAAGCGAUCAGCCACACCAAGACCUGACUGGGACCGCUGCGCCGAUUUCAUGGAGGGGGGCGAGGAGAGAUGGAAGACCAUCUCUAAGGACAAGAGCAGCGAUAACAAGGUGGAGCUUCUGCUCAAGGAACUGGCUGGAGAUGGGGAGGGACUUGCCUUCUUUGAACCAAGGGGCUUUGGGGAAAACGUGCCAGUCUACCUGCAGACAGACAUCAAAGUCAGGAACAGGGAAUACACCAAGGGUGAAGCAUUGGAACUCAUUAAGGAAAUCUGGAAGGCAAAGAACAAACGGGAAUCAGAGAAGGAGAACGCCUCUACUGAACCGAUGGACACCUUUGUGGCCAGAUUUCUGGACGAAAGGUACAGAGACAAAAAGAUGAUUGCGGAGAAGGCCUACAACCUUCAUGAUGCCUGCGAGAGGUACCGAGACAUGGAAGGCAUGUGCGAGCUCUUCUAUCAAGUAUUGACAGACGAGGUGAUCGAGCAGGUUUACAACCAGGAGAUGGAGAUGUUGGAGCAGUUAAUGGAGGCCCUCAAUAAGGCCUCGGAGACGAUCGAGGUUCCGUCGACAACGCCGGCUCCGGCCGAAACGGAACCGGCGGCCGAGGCACAAGAAGGGGAAGAGCCUCCCACUGAGGAAGCUGACAAGGAGGAGAUGCCGCAGCUGACCACCAUCCAGGUGAUAUCUAGGGAGAACUUUGAGGCAGCCUUGAGAGAGGUGUUCACCGUCAAGCCCGAUGAGAACAUCGAGGCGUUGAUGACCACGCUGAUGGAAGAUUUGAAACCGGAGGAGGGAGCAGAGACGUUGAAGUAUCAGGAUCUGUUUUUGGAGGAUGAAGAUGGCGGCGCUCGUCCAUUUAUCAAUUUGAUCCGGCAACAGGACAAGGAGGAACGUCUGAAGUACGUGGAGCAAAUCAAACUGGAGCUGGGCGAUAGAGAAGAAGUACCGCUUCCCGAGCUGCGAAUGGCCAUCAACGUCGUGGAUGCCGAGAUAGACAAGAACCACAUGAUUGAGUAUCUGGCCCGCUCUUACGACGUUCCAAACGACCAGCUGAAUACGGCCACGCCCCAAGCUGUGGAGACGGUGAUACAGCGGCUUCUGAAGGCUGGAGUGAGACGAAUUGGCUUGCUUAAUAGCUCAGAGCUAUAAUGGUGUUGUUGCAGUCUGGGGCCAAUUUAAAUGAAUCCCUAAGCAUACAGUGUUGUGCAUUUCUGAAUAAUUAGUAUUCGAUAAUUCAAAGUUGGAUUCAGUCAAAAAUACGAGUAUUCGCAAUGCGCCAAUGAAAUUUUACAUGCCAUUUGGCAGCCUAAUUGAAUGUGCAUGUCAUAAAUUUAAUGGUCUGCUAGGGUGGUAUCGAAAAUGAAGACCCCUAAAACGAAGACUGAAGACCCACGUUUCCGAAUGGGUCUUCAUUUUCGUGGGUCUUGUUUUAGGGUGGGUCCUCGUUUUCGAGCGGGUCUUCGUUUUUGUGGGUCUUCGUUUUCGAGUGGGUCUUCAUUUCACGUGGGUCCUCGUUUUCGAGUGGGUCUUCGUUUUCGAGUGGGUCUUCGUUUUCAAGUGGGUCCUUGUUUUCGAGCGGGUCUUCAUUUUCGAGUGGGUCUUCGUUUUCGUGGGUCUUCGUUUUUCGAGUGGGUCUUCGUUUUCGAGUGGGUCCUUGUUUUCGAGCGGGUCUUCAUUUUCGAGUGGGUCUUCAUUUUCGAGUGGGUCUUCAUUUUCGUGGGUCAAAAUUGAGAAUGAGCUUAUUAAAAUAUUAAGAACAUCGUCUAUGCAUUGAUCAAUUUUUGUUCUACAUUGCUGACUGGCUGAUCUUUGAAAGAUUAUAAAGAUGUAAUAAGACCCAAUGUUCCUCACAGAAGCUCUCCACUUAUGCGUGUAUAAAAGUGACUGUAUUUGACAACCAUAGAACAACGCAGCUUUCAAGAUUAUAUAACAUUGUUUUUUUUGCAAAUACUGGAAAAAUAUUCGGAUAUUUGGUGGCCGAUGAAAUAUUGGAAUAUUUGGUAUAUUCGGAAUGGCCCUAGACAUUUAUUUUUCUUUCUGUCACUAUUUCAACUGUUUUGUGCACUGUGGUUAUUCCCUGUAUCUGUAUAAAGAAAUUCUGGUAUUCUUAUAUUAAAGCUUACUUCAACGGAUACAAAAUAUUCCCAAAUUUGUUAGAUUCGGAAAAGUGUAAAAAUUGUGGUUUGUUGUAAAUACAUAUUUUUGUAAUUAUUGUAGGAGAGGAUAACCCUGAUCUCAUCCGUCCAAUGUUUCUGAAACUUUCAGAUUUAUUCCAGAAUAUUCCGUCCACAAAUCCAUAUGUAUGUGUUUUUUACACUUCAAUUUACCCUGUACAUAUUGUAGCAGUCAGUGUGUACAAACCCGAUGUACAUAAAUGUGUAAAUAAAGCAUGCGGUGCCUUGGCCCUUGGCUCGUGAAAUAUUUCAAAAUUUUGAAAUUUAAAGUA